AUGGCUUCUACUCCAUGCUUGAUCCCUACUGGUGCCGAAUUCGACACUCUUCUGGAGGCUUAUGGCCUCACCCCUGCUGAUGGAGUGGAAUUUCCUGUUCCAGGUUCGUUGAUCACCCGUCCUCCUGCCGGGAAGGUAGGUGUUUAUCCGAAAACCUUCGAUGCUGGUCUCCGUCUCCCAUUGACCAACUUUCAGGAAGAGAUACUACGAUGCUGUGGGUGUAGCGUGCAGAUGUUAACUCUCGAUGCCAUUCACAAAGUGGUCGCUUUUGAGAUGAUAUGUCGUGCUAACGGCAUCAUCCCUGAUUACUUUGUUUUUAAGUAUUUUUUCCGAUUUCCCGCCACUAAUGACAAGUAUACCUUCUCUGCUCGCCGUGGUGGGCAUAACCUUGUUCUCGAUAACAAGCCUCCAAAAAACUAUCAGGAAAAGUGGGUGUGGGUUAACCACGAGUUGCUCGGCCGUGACCAUCCUCGAGCGGUCAUGCCCUUUGAGACCAUCCCUAAGUUGUUUCCUCAUAACCAACAACUUCGGAUCUCCUGCGUUCUCUUCAAGUGGAUGUUGAUGCUAUGUCGGAGGUUAUCCUUGCCGGAGUUGGUAUGA